AUGAUGCAGCAGCAGCAGCAGCCGCCGCCGCCGCCGCCUCCGCCGCAGCACCCGCCGCCGCCUCAGGCCGGGGGCGGCGGCGGCGGGGAGUUCUACCGGGGCCCGCCGCCGCAGCCGCCGAUGCGGCAGCUCUCGGCGGCGUCCUCCACCAACAUCCCCGGCGACUACGCCGCGCACCAGGGGCACCCCCCGCCGCAGCAGAACCAGCCGCCGUACGACGCUUAUGGGGACAAUUUCGGUGCUAAAAGGAUGCGGAAGCCUGUCCAGCGGCGAACAGUGGACUACACAAGCACAGUCGUCCGUUAUGUUCAAGCUCGCAUGUGGCAGCGGGAUGCUAGGGACAGGCCCACUGUGCAGCCGACUCCAGCUGCUGUUCUGGACAUGUUGCCGUCUGUUGCAUACCCCGAUAAUCCCUCAACAAGUUUUGCUGCAAAAUUUGUACAUUCAUCAAUAAACAAGAACCGAUGCUCUAUUAAUCGGGUCUUGUGGACUCCCACAGGGCGUCGGCUUAUUACGGGAUCACAGAGUGGUGAAUUCACCCUAUGGAAUGGCCAAUCUUUUAAUUUUGAAAUGAUCCUUCAGGCUCAUGACCAAGCUGUAAGAUCAAUGAUUUGGAGUAACAAUGAGAACUGGAUGGUCACUGGUGAUGAUGGUGGUGCAAUCAAGUAUUGGCAAAGUAACAUGAACAAUGUUAAAGUUAAUAAAACAGCUCACAGAGAAUCAGUUCGUGACUUGAGCUUUUGUAGAACAGACCUGAAGUUUUGCUCCUGUUCUGAUGACACUACUGUGAAGGUUUGGGACUUUGCAAGAUGCCAGGAAGAAAGAUCCUUAACUGGCCAUGGUUGGGAUGUUAAGAGUGUCGAUUGGCACCCUACAAAAUCUUUACUGGUUUCAGGUGGUAAAGACUAUCUCGUGAAACUUUGGGAUGCAAAAAGUGGUAGAGAGCUACGUUCAUUCCAUGGUCAUAAAAACAUUGUACAAUGUGUAAAGUGGAAUCAGAAUGGGAACUGGGUGUUGACUGCCUCCAAGGAUCAGAUUAUUAAGCUAUAUGAUAUUAGAUCCAUGAAAGAGCUUGAAUCCUUCCGUGGACACAACAAGGAUGUGACUGCUUUGGCAUGGCAUCCAUUUCAUGAAGAAUAUUUUGUUAGCGGGAGCUAUGAUGGAGCGAUCUUUCAUUGGUUGGUUGGCCAUGAAACUCCACAGAUAGAGAUAAAUAACGCACAUGACAAUAGUGUGUGGGACCUUGCCUGGCAUCCUGUUGGUUAUCUACUUUGCAGUGGGGGCAAUGAUCAUGCUACGCGAUUUUGGUGUAGAAAUAGGCCUGGUGAUCUUACCCGCGAUAAAUACAACAGCGGACAGAUGCAAGGUUACGGUGACCAACAUCCUGCUUUUGCUGGCCGUGCUAUGGGUGGAUUCCAGAUGCCUGAACCUUCAACAACACCUGGACCAUUUAAUACUGGAUUAUCACGAAAUGAAGGCACAAUUCCUGGCAUUGGGGUCGCAAUGCCUCUUGAUGGAUCUGAUCAUGGAGAGCAGAGGCCAUCGAUACCUGGCCUUCCACCUGGGCAACCUCCCUUGCCUCCAGGUCCCCAUCCAUCUCUUCUAGCCGGUGGGCAGCAACAGCAAUAUCAACAGAUGCAGCAGCAGCAUCCUCAAUUUCCUCGACCACCACCUCCAAAUAUGCCUCAAUUGCAGCCCCCAGCACACAUGCUUCCACACGCGCAAGGAUCUCGAGCACCACUUCCUCAGCUUCCAUCAAUGUCAGGUCCACCACCAGUGAAUCCACCACUACCACCUAUGCCUCACCCAAUGGCAAUGCAAGUACAAGGUUCAUCAAACCAGAUGAUGCCUCAAAUGCCACAGCACUUGAUUGGCAUGAAUCAGACACACCAGGGCCCUCCUAGUAAUAUGCCUCCAAUGGGUGGCUUUCCAAAUGGAAUGGGAAAUAUUCAAGGUGGAUCUAGUGCUUCUGGCAUGCAAAACUUUCCUAUGGGAGGCAUGUACAACAGGCCUCAGGGAAAAAUGCCUCCACAAGCACAAGCACAGAUGACAUCCAUCCCUGGUCUGAGCUCAUAUCAGCCGGGUAUGGGCAAUGUGGGCCUUCCGCCGCCACCCCCACAGCAUCCACCGCCUCGCGGUUCAGCGCCGCAAUGAUCUCUUGUAACUGUGCAAUGAUGAUUGGAAGCCUUCUAUUUUCCAUGCGGUAAAACAUAUGUAGUAUGAUCGUAUUCGAGGAAGAGAGGAGUCUCCAGCAAACGGAGACGGAUAUCUUGGAUAAUGAUAGUUAGGAUUGUUCUUAUCUCUUGCACCGUCGGCUAGGAUACAUUUUGCUGCCCUUGGACUGAACGGGCUGUGCUGUAACAAACCUGUCCACCUAACAGCUUGUUUCUGCUCCCUAUUUAUGCUGCUCGUGUUGUAUUAGUUCUUAUGCUACUGAGGUUUUCAACAUAGACGGAGGCUAUCAAGCAGUUUUGUAACAAGUGAGAAUCAUUUUGCCUGGCCCAGUGAAUUUGAUUGGUUGACGGCGUACGCUCUAUAUUGUAAACACUUACACUGUUGUCAGGCAAUGCUUGUCCGUGGGUUCAUUUGUUAGAUCCACUGAUCACUUAUAAGAGGAAAAUUGUUUGAAUUUGUAA